AUGACCGGCCCUUCGCCGCCGUUACACUAUUUUGAAAAAAACUGCGUGAAAAAGAAAAAAUUUGAAAAAGCGCGUGAGAUUUAAUGCGUGCACUUGCUCACACUAGAAAUAAAUACAGUAAUCUAAAAAAUUAAAAAAAUUUUCGAACUUUGUUGUUUUUUUUUUCAACUCUUAUAAAUUUUUAUAGUUUUGCAAAUUUGAUCGAACGUAGCUAUGAAUGAUGUAUCCCAGAGUUUCUUCGAAAGUUUUUGUAAUGAGAAAGUUCGAGAAUUACAUUCUAAUAUAUAUCCAAAAGAUUCAUUUCUAGAGAAUGUUCUUUUUAUGAAGCAGGUUUUUAAGGAAUUGAAUCUAACAUCGCUUUCCGACAAAUUUCAAAUCUCACGGUCUUUUCAUGGUCAAGAAAUUCUGACCUGUUUUUCUGACGUCACGGCAGGCCCCGCCCAAAUAUCAGCGUAUAUUCAAAUUACAGCUCUCUCCAUUGAGCCUGGUACCAGGUCAUCAGACGGUCCUCAGGACGCUGUGACGUAGACAAAUGACAAUGACAUUCGGGUACCUACGUCACAGAAGCUCCGCCUACUGACAGGCUGUGCCCCACUGCAAAUUUUCGAUUUCGCGCCCAUUCCCCAGUCGACCUUCAAAAGGCGCCAACGGUCACUCGUUUGAAAUUUCCCGCACUCUGAUAGGCCUUCCUCAAGUUUAACGCUGAUUUAGAUCGCCGAAUCGUUUUUUGUCCUUGUUUCUCUUUGUCAGACCCUCAAAUGCCGUAGGGCUUUCAAGUUUUGAUAAAAACUCCAAAUCUUCUCGGUUUUACCUAGGUCAUGGUUUUACCAAAAUAAAAUUGUAUAGUUUUUCUUAAUUUUUUCAAAGAUUAUUGAAAAGAUGCCUUGAAAAAGCUGUGGAAAGAAGCUAUAUAGCAAGAAAAAUAGGGAUUUUCUUUAAUUCCGUAAAAAGAGUCCUGGUAUCAUUUUGUUUUUGUUUCGCGAUCGCUAGAAAACCUGAAAACAAAAAGAAAAUUUCAGUCCGUGCAGCUAAACAUGAAGAUGCAAAGACAUUCCAGCACUUUUGUCGUCAAGCGAGGUAUAAUUUGGUUUGAACUCUUUUCUGAAUUGUUUUAAACGUCUUUUUUGUCUAUUGACUCCCACCAAAUUCGUCCAUGAUUUUCGAAAAACCCUUGCUAGGACUUUCGAAUUUUAUAGAAAAUCUAUUAACUUUAAAUAUCCAGAUGGACGACAAGAAACGGUCCACUUUGACAAAAUCACAUCCAGGAUCGUGAAACUCAGCUAUGGCCUCAACAUGGAUCACGUCGAUCCGGUAAUCAUUAAUAAAAGAAGAAAUAAUUGAAAAAUUGAUGAUUUGCAGGUGGCGGUGGCGAUCAAGGUUAUCAGUGGCUUGUACAAGGGAGUUACCACUGUAGAACUCGAUAAUUUGGCCGCAGAAACGGCCGCGUCGAUGACCACUCAACAUCCCGACUAUGCGAUUCUUGCGGCCAGAAUCGCUGUCUCGAAUUUGCACAAAAAGACUGACAAAGUACUUCAUAACCAUUUAUUUGAAUACAUUAGGAGUGCUUUUCGUGGCUUGAAAAGAGUCGUAGGCACCAAAAACUUUCGCGGAAAAACCCGUUGAACCUUUUUGAGCCUUCCAAUUAUUUUAUAGAUCUCUCAAAGACUUGGGAAAAACAGUGAAAAUAUGUUCAUAAUAUUAUAUUAAAAUAUGCAAAUUUUCGGUAAGAACCUUUUUUGGUACGUUAAGGUACAUAUGAAUGUUUUUGAGCUUUUCAUAGCCUCCAUUUGAACUGAAAAAUAAAUCAAACGUCAUUUUUCGAUAACGCAGAGUGACUCUAAUUUCUUUCUAUUCUAUAUCAAUAAUUUUGAUUUCAACUAAAAUGAAUAGAUAGCGCUAAAUCAUCGAAUUGGAAAAGAAUACGUAAAUUUCCCUAAUAAAAUGAACUUUUUAGGUCUUCUCGGAAGUCAUGACGAAUCUCUACGAGUUCCACCACCCUCACACCGGACUCCAUGCUCCAAUGAUCAGCAAAACGACAUAUGAUGUCAUUAUGAAGAAUGCUGAUGUCAGUAUCAUGUAUUUAUGUGUAAAAUUUGAACAGGAAAAAUCACAUUUCUUGAAAAAAUUGGCUAGUAACGAAAAUGAAGCCAAUCUUCUGUUUUUUGCGAUUUUCACAGUCUCCCCAAAGUUUUCUUGUUCAAGAAAGUGACUCUUCUCGCUAAAAAUUUUCGAUAAUAAGCAUUUUUUCAGCGUCUCAACUCCGCAAUCGUCUACGAUCGCGAUUAUUCCUACAGUUAUUUCGGGUUCAAAACCCUUGAGCGAUCUUACUUGUUGAAGAUUGACAAACAGGUAAAAUGAAAUCUAGUAUUACAGUCGAAAUAAACUUUUUUGUUAUAAAAAUUUUUAGUUUGAAUUUUAGGUAUCGAAAAGUCUAAUUUUUUUUUUUUGGUUAAAAACGCACUUCCUGGGAAAAAAAGAAAAACAAGAACUGAAAAAUAGGUUGCUACUUGAAAGCUCCCUUAUUUAAACGGGUUUUUUGAAAUUUCGGAGUUAAGCUUAUAGAUAUCACGUUUUUUUCAACGAAUUUCGCGUUACUUGACCAAAAAAAAAACGUGAAAUUAUUGCUAUUCGUAGCCGAGGCUCAAAAAGACAAGUUUCACCACAUUCUUAUAAGUGUUAUUUUUGAAUCUUCAGUGUUACGUUAUCAAUAACCCUUAUACAAAAGAACUUCUGCAGGUCGUCGAACGACCCCAGCAAAUGCUGAUGCGUGUUUCUGUCGGAAUCCACGGCGACGACGUCGACGCCGCCAUCGAAACCUACAAUAUGAUGUCCGAACGCUUCAUGACCCACGCUUCUCCGACUCUUUUCAAUUCCGGAACUUGCCGGUUCAAAUAAAAAUAAAAAUUCCAAAGAAAAUUAUAUUUUCCAGACCCCAAAUGUCGUCCUGCUUCCUCCUCACCAUGACUGAAGACUCGAUUCUUGGCAUUUAUGAUACCUUGAAGCAAUGCGCGUUGAUUUCCAAGAACGCCGGCGGGAUCGGCCUGAACGUCCACAAGAUCCGCGCCACUGGAUCUGUUAUCGCUGGGGUGCGGUGUUCAAAUAAAACAUUAGAAAAUGAAAAUAAAAAUGAAUUUUGUUUAUAACUUUUGUGGGAAGUUUUUUCAAAUUUAUAAGUCUGCCUCUUAAUUUUGGUUUGAAGUAUUUAGCGCUCCAUCUUUUUUUUCAGAUUUGUUAUGAAAUUUUCAAUGAAUAGUUACCUCUAGCUUACAAUAGAACUGUAAAACUUCGAGUUUUGAAAAUGAAAAUAUUACAAAAAAACGGGAAAUCAGGAUCUCAAGUCUUUAGCGCUUCAAAAUGUAUUAUCUUGUGAACUAUUUUUGAUCAAUUUUUGAGAUAUAGCCCAUUUCGCGCCAUGUCACGUUUUUAUUUUCGCCAAAUUAGACUGAGAUUGAGCAUUUUCGCUUCAAGACCUUUGUUUUUUGCUGUAUUUUGUGCAGUUUUGUAGGGCAAAUAUUUACGGUAGCUUUUUUUCUGUUCUUUUAAAACGCGACAUUGACUAUAUUGUUAUUUAAAAUAAGACAGAAAGGAUCUUUAACCUAAUUGAAACGAUUGUAUAAUCGAAAUAGUCAAAACAAAUGAAACUAUCUCGGAUGCAAAUAAUAUUGAUUUUUUAUUAAGUGGAAAAAAUUGGGGCUGCCAAUUUUUGGCUAUAAAAGUUUGGGACUGCCAAAUUUUAGCUAUAAAAAUUUGGGACUGCCAAUUUUUUGCAAUAAAAGGUUGGGACUGCCAAUUUUUGGCUAUAAAAAUUUGGGACUGCCAAUUUUAGGCUAUAAAAAUUUGGGACUGCCAAUUUUAGGCUAUAAAAAUUUGGGACUGCCAAUUUUAUGCUUAAACAUUUUGGGACUCCCAAUUUUUUACUCUAAAUUUUGGGACAAUUUUUGACUUUAGUUUUUGCGACUGCCAGAUUGACUACAAAAUUGGGAUCACUUUAGUGAAUUAUUCUUUUGACAAUUGAUGAGAAACUUUUCCAGACGAACGGAACCUCGAAUGGCCUCGUUCCAAUGCUCCGCGUCUACAACAACACGGCCAGAUACGUCGAUCAAGGCGGCAACAAAAGACCCGGCGCUUUUGCCAUUUAUCUGGAGCCCUGGCAUGCGGACAUCUUUGAGUACCUAAUAUUUAUCAAGUUUCAUCAUCAAAAUACCCAUUUAAAGGUUCAUCAGCCUCCGAAAGAACACUGGUCCUGAAGAAGAACGAGCCCGAGACUUGUUCUUGGCCUUGUGGGUCCCGGACCUGUUCAUGAGAAGGGUGGAACGGGAUGAAGAUUGGACUUUGAUGUGUCCUGGAGAAUGCCCAGGCCUUGAUGACUGCUGGGGCGAGAAAUUCGAAAAAUUGUACACUGGGUAAGCUUGGAAAUUUAAUUUCGAAUUAUUAUUAAAAUACUCUCUUUUUUUUAUCAUUUUUCAUUGUGAUGAGUUGCAGAAAAGCUUUUAAAAUUUGUUCAGUUUAUUUUUUCGAUGAGAAAAUUUGAAAAUUUUUUUAAAAAUUCAAAUAUUCUGACCUUGAUGUUCAAAAAUCGUGAUAGAUAUACGAUUUGGCUUGAGUUUUUGAAAAAAGGUCCUGGCGCGAUAAAAGAAGAGGUAGUGUUUGGUUUGUGGAGAGCACAGACAGGCCACGCCCUUUUUUGCGUCAGAAGUGAACCGUAAUACGAAAUAAAAAAUUUUCGAUUCUAUAGUUGAAAGUUGCAGUUUCAAAGUAUUAAAACCGAUAUAGAAUAAAUCUAUGAUUUCGUUUGAGUUUUUGAAAUAUGGGUCCUGACACGAUAAAAGAAGAGACAGUGUCUGGGUGGCGGAGAGGAAAGACAGGCCACGCCCCUUUUUGCGUCACAAGCUAGCCGAGUUUUUAAUGCCAUAGUUGAAAGUGUUAAAUUCAAAAAUAAUAUUUGAAUUUAAAAAUCCUCAAAAUCUUCAAGAUAAUUUUUGUGAUUAAUAAGCUUGUAGCGGUCAAAUGUCAUUAAAAAAAGGCUCAAUUACAUUUUAUAAAGUUUAGGUACGAGAAGGAAGGCCGGUACAGAAAGCAGGUGAAAGCCCGCAAAUUGUGGGAACACAUCGUUUCGAAUCAAAUCGAGACCGGCCUCCCGUACAUUGUCUACAAGGACGCCUCCAACAGAAAGUCGAAUCAACAGAACUUGGGAACCAUCAAGUGUUCGAAUCUCUGCACGGAGAUUAUCGAAUAUUCGGCUCCUGAUGAGGUGCUUGGAAACUGUUCAUUUUGAUUAGUUUUUCCAUAAGGGGUCAGAAAAAAAGAAUAUAGCAUUUUCUAUGAGGGAAAAUGGAAAUUCCUAGAGGACUUUUUUUGAAUCAACAGAGGAAACGUGAGGGAAAUUCUAAAAAUCCCCCCGCGUUCCAAAAAGGCCCCCCCGCGUUUCAAAAAUCCCCCCCUCCCCCGCGUUCCAAAAAGCCCCCCUCGCGUUCCAAAAAUCCCUCCCCCACCAAGCCAAGUAUAUAAUCAACAUAUGUGGGGGCUCAUAAUGUAAUAUACCCGUAAACUUGGGAACUGUUUUUGAAUGAAUCUUCCUCUCAAUUUGAUGGUUUUUGAUUUAUUCCAACUUGAUAAUUGUUUAUUUCAACACUUUUUUCGAUUGUGGCUCAGAAAAAGAUAGCGCUUCAUAACAGAAACAACAAAAGUCCAUAGAUAUUUUUUGAAGCAACAGGAGGAAAUUAAAAGUUUAUAGUAUGUUCAUAUUUUGAAUGUCAAGUACAAUGACGUCAUUCGAAAACGCUCUCUGAUUGGUUUAGGGGCGGAGCUUGAGAGAGAGGGUAGAUAUUCAAAACCUGAACAGAUUACAGUGGUUAUUGAUCAGAGGAAAAAGUAUACCAAAUAAUAAAGAAAAAUUUUAUAUAUUGUCUUUUUUCUCAUUUUCACGUUGGUUAGAUUAUUUCCAGCUUGUCUUAAAAAUUCAAAAAAAGAAAAAAAUUCAAAAAAAUCCAUAUUUCUCUUAAAUUGAUGAAUUUCGAUAUAUUCCAACUUGACCUUCAGAAUCGCGAUAAAAAAAGAUUUUUUUAAAGUCCCAAGCUCCGCUUUCUUCCUCUGACUUUGAAUUCCAGCAGAAGAAACUUGAAACAAGUAUUUUUUUAUGUAACUAACUUCCUAAAGCUUCUAUUUUAAAAAAAUCCAAGGAAUAAAAAAAUUUUUGAAACCGAAACUUUCAGGUAGCCGUCUGCAACUUGGCCUCGAUCGCCCUCAACCGUUUCGUAACCCCCGACAAGAAAUUCGACUUUGCCAAGUUGGCCGAAGUGACAAAAGUCCUGACCCGCAACUUGAACAAGAUCAUCGACGUCAACUUUUACCCGGUCGAAGAGGCGAAAAACUCGAAUUUCCGUCAUCGACCCAUCGGAUUGGGUGUUCAGGUAGAGGAUUGGGGUGGAAAUUUUGAUUUUGGGUGAUAAAAAAACACAAGGAAUUGUCCAAAAAUCAUUACUCUCAUGUAAUUUUUUUGUUUGGCAUCUUUGAACGCUCUCUAGCCUUUAGGGACCUGGAAGAUUUUUUUUUGUGUUUUCUGAACUUUUAUAUUCUUCGAACUAUCUUUUAUAGGUUUAAUAAAGAGUUUAAAAAGAACUUGUGUUGUUCAUGGGGUUCUAGAGAAAAAAAUAAUUUAUUAGUUUUAUUGGAUCAUUUAUUUAUUCUACUCUGUUGUCACCAGAAAAAAAUUAGAUAAAAAAAGACUUUUUUUUAAAAUGUUAGUAGUCUAUUUUUUGUUGAAAAUAUGAGCAAGACGAUCCUUUACAAUAAAAAAGACGACUUUUCCCAAAGAAAAUUGAAAAAUUUGCGCUUUUUUCCGAAAUCCAUAUGAUUUCUAGGGCCUCGCCGACGCUUUCAUGCUCCUCCGGUAUCCAUUCACCUCGCCGCAAGCCCGUGACCUGAACAAGCGAAUUUUCGAGGUCAUCUACCACGCCGCCUUGGACGAGUCGUGCACCUUGGCCGAGAAAUAUGGUUGAAAAUGGCGCAAAAUGAACUCUGAAAUGAAGAUUUUGCGCUUCAGGACCUUACCAGACGUACCCCGGCAGUCCAGUUUCGAAGGGAAUUCUGCAGUUCGACAUGUGGGACGUUAAGCCGACGGAUCAGUGCGAUUGGACCUCGCUUAGGGAGAGAAUCGCCAAGUUAGUGGAAAAAAAAAGGGGGGGGGAUAAAGGUGCUUGAAUAAGAAUUACUAUUACAAAAGUGUGGAUAAUUGCUCUUAAAGUUUGAAAAAAUGUUGUUUUUCUAGCUGAAGACGGAUUUAACACGAUAAAUGAGUAUGUGAAGGCUUCAAAAUUCUUACAAUUUUCAGAUUUUGGUACUUUUUAACGUUAUUUUUUUUUUGAGCCUUCAUAGCUCGAAACAUUAGAAAAAGUGCGCAUCUUACAGAAAUCAUAAUCAAAAAAAUAAAGGUGCUUGAAUAAGAUAUAACAUUUGAAUAGUUUCGAAUAAUUGUUCUUCAAAUUUGAAAAAAUCUCGUUUUUCUAGAUGAAGAAAGAUUUUUUCACGAGAAAUGAGUACAUGAAGGCUUCAAAAUUCUUACAAUUCAAGAAUUAUGUACUCUCUAACGUUACUUUUAAAUCUUUGAGGGAUAUUAGUAAAUCACGAAAAUCAGGAAAACUGCGAACUUUCCAGUGAAAAAAUCGCAAUUUUUUAGACUAUUAGGUGCUAGAAUUUUAUAAUUUUUAAUAAAAAUAGUUGAGUAUUUUGAGGAGUUUCAGAAAUUUCCCAUUCUCAUCUAUUUAAAAUCAAGAUCAUCUGUCAGUUUUUAGUCUCCAUUCAGCUCUUAGGAAAUAUAAUCUGAAUUUUUUACGAACUUUUAUUUCCAGACACGGUGUCCGCAACAGUCUCCUGUUGGCGCCGAUGCCGACGGCCUCAACCGCCCAAAUUCUGGGAAAUAACGAGUCCAUUGAGCCCUACACUUCGAAUAUCUACAGUCGAAGGGUCUUAUCCGGUAAAUAUUUGGAUUUUAGGUUUUAGGAAGACUUAAUUUUGAAAAUUGCAGCCUCUCUUGAAUAGUUCUCAGAGUUUGAAUAUAAUUUCGGACUUCCUGGCUUUAUUCAACUUUUCAUAGAACAGUUUACUGUUUCCAGAAGGCUUUCAAAGCUUAAAAAAAAUUUAUGUAAUAUUCCUCGUAGUUGAUUAUUUCCUUUCUGCUUCUUAUAUUGAUUUUGUUGCGGUUUCCGCUUCUUGGAAUGACUUGAAAUUUUUUUUCGGUACUCUUUGUUCGCUUGAAAUUUUUUAGGUUGCCAGUUUAAAAACAAUUUUUCACUUGGUUUUCUCAAUUUACUCAUGAAAAAUAAGUACUCCAUCAUUUUAAUCGUGAAUGGGUCCUUUUUUCAUUCUAGGGAUCACUUAAAGGGAAAAUACGAUUAUUGCGAGGUCUGAGAACACUUUACAAAUUUUAUGUAUAAUGAGAAGAUUUUGCAGUUUUUCUUUCAAAUAUCGUGUUUUUGAAUUUUGAAAUUUCAAAAUUUUAGGCGAUUUCCAAAUCGUCAACCCCCAUCUUCUGAAAGACCUCGUCGAGUUGAAUCUCUGGGACGACGACAUGAAAAACGAACUCAUCGCCAACAAUGGCUCCAUUCAGAAUAUUGUGGUUUGCAUUUUGAAGCGAAUCGUGCAUUUUUGAACCCUUUUUUCGUUUGCAGGGAAUCCCGGAUGACAUCAAAAAGUUGUACCUGACCGUUUGGGAGAUCUCGCAGAAGGAUAUCAUUGAGAUGGCGGCUGAUCGGUUAGAUUUGAAUUGGGAAAUAUAUCAUUUUUCUGUUUCAGUGGAGCUUUCAUCGACCAGUCCCAGUCGUUGAACAUCCACAUGGCCAAACCGAGCUUCGCCUCCAUCACUUCGAUGCAUUUCUAUGGGUGGAAGCAGGUCUAAAAAACGGAAAAUUGGAAGAAAAUAGUAGUUUUGCUUUCUUAAGUGGUCACUAAAGCAUGGUUUUUCCUUCGCUUGAAGGAUUACUUUAAAAGGCGACGCCUCAGUUACUAAAAGAUCUUGUUUCUUCUUUUUAAGGGGUCACUAAAGCAUUUUUUUUUUCUUUUUGUAAAUGGUCACUUGAAAAAGCGACGCCUCAGUUUCUGAAAGACCUUUUCUCUUGUUUUUGAGGGGCCACUAAAGCAAAGUUUUUUUUCACUCAAAGGAUCACUUGAAAAGGCGACGCCUCAGUUUCUAAAAGAUCAUGUCUCUCAUUUUUGAGUGAUCACUAAAGCAUUGUUUUUUCUUCACUUAAAUGAUCACUUGAAAAGGCAACGCCUCAGAUUCCAAAAUAUCUUGUUUCUUUUUUUUAAGGGGCCACUGAAGGGCUGUUUUUUCCUCUCUUGAAUGGUAACUCGAACAAGCGACGCCUCAGUUUCUGAAAUUUCUUGUCUCUCAUUUUUAAGGGGUCACUAAAGCAUUUUUUUUUUCUUCACUUAAAUGGUCACUUGAAAAAGCGACGCCUCAGUUUCUGAAAGAUCUUGUUUCUCAUUUUUAAGGGGUCACUAAAGCAAAAUUUUUUCUUCAUUCAAGUGAACACUUCAAAAGGCGAACAACUCUGUUGUCGCUAAUGACGUCUCAGUUUCUAAAAGAUCUGUCAAACCCGGAAUUUUCGAAUUGAGAAGCCAGAAAAGUUUUACGAAACCAUUCAUUAAGGAUAAUUCUCAGAUUCCGUAGGAGAUUUCCUGGAAAUUUUAAAAGUCCUCAAAAAAUUAGGAUAAUAGAGCUUGGAAGAAGAUUUUCGUAACUUUUUGAAGGAAUUUUGAAAGAAAUUCGUUAUUUUUUUUAAAUCCUAGAAAAAAUGAAAAUGUUCAAUUCAGGGACUCAAAACCGGAAUGUACUACUUGCGGACGAAGCCGGCAGUGAACGCCGUUCAGUUUACGGUUGACAAGCAGGCUCUCAAGGCUCGGCAAGAGGUGAUUUGACGGAUAAACACUUGAGAAGACUCUCAGAAUAUUUUAAGGAAAAAAUGCGCGUUUUUUUUUGCCUAAUUAAGUUAUGACGCCUCAAAGACGUCAAAAAUCUCAAUCUUCUUCAUUUUGAAGAAGAAGAAGUGAAACUAAAAAGUAAAAAAUAAGACGUUUUUAGACGAAUUUUAUUAAAAUUUUAACUUGGGAGUAGAAAAUUUCGCAACUCUUUGAAAAAAAGCCACAUUUUUCGCUAGCUGAAAUUUUGAUCUAUUUGAGACGAAACGAUGUCCCAAAUUUCGAAUUUAAACAAAAUUUGGUUGCCAGGCGAAACAGGAAGCCGCGGCGGCGGCUGUGGCGCCAACGGCAGCUCCUGAAGAAGACGAGGGCUGCCUCAUGUGCUCCGGAUGA